UAUCACAGGUGUUAUUAUAGCGGAGACUGACUUACUUUAACAAAAAUGAGUGACGGACAAAAAACACCGGAAUCAUACAGAAAACUUGGAGAAGAAGUAGCCGACACAUUACAACAAUACUACCACGAUAAUAAAGACUGGACGGAAAGCAAAAAAACGACUCAUUUUAAAAUCUCCUGUAAGAGGUCACCAGAAUUUGGAGGUUUCCUAUACAAAGGUGAAGCGGUUUAUUGUGCUAAACCAAAGGAUGUGUUUGACUAUAUCGAGCCUCUACCUGACGGACACAGGGCAAAAUGGGACAAAAACAUGAAGAAGAUAGAAAUCAUCAAACAGAUUGAUAAGGACCUUCGCGUGAACAGAGCCUGUACGAACAGUGCCUGUAUGGGACUAAUAUCGCCACGUGAUUUUGUAGACUUAAUAUUAAUUAAAGAAACAGAUGAAUACUUGUCAACCAAUGCUAUAAGUAUUGUUCACAACGACUGUCCCUCUGAUGAAAAACAUGUAAGGGGACAUAACUACAGCUGUGGUAUGAUUGUGUGUAAAUAUCCAAACGAACCCAACAAGUGUAAGUUGAUAAGUCUCAUUCAGCCUGAUAUAUGUGGAAUGGUUCCAGCCUCACUGAAGGAAGCUGCGAUUCCAGGCUCCAUGAUGGAGUUCUUUACACAACUACGUGAUGCACUCAAGGCAGACGGCAAGCUGUGUGAAGAUGAACAAUCAAGUGACUGAACCAAGCACCAAGCGACAGAAAUGUGAUAAUUAUUGGCAUGUCCUCCUCAUAUCCUACAGAAACAUGUAGAUGAUCACAUGUAGUGAUAGGUUGAAUAUUGACUGGUAUUUAAUUCCAGUGCUUAAAGUUUUUAAAAAUCUUUAUACUCCAUAUUUCUUUUCAGAAUUUAACAGCAUUACUCACUUUUUUUGAUGAGUGCUAGUCUUAUUAACUUAUACAAGUUGCUCUGGUUGCUUUGGUCAUUGAGAUAGAUGCUGGAGUACUUGGGGAAAUCCCAUGUGGUCAGGCAAGAGAUCUUGUACUCUUUCAUAUCUGACCAGGAUCUGGUAGCCACUGCCAAGUGUGAUGCAUAUUGGCCAUCCAGUAAUCACUGACAUACAUUUUAACAGACCAUUUAUCAGGUCUGAACAGGGUUUUGAUUCUGAUAUUACCUAAAUUUGUUCCAGUUUUUUUUUUUGUUGAAAUCUUAAAGAAAUUUGUGUUAAAUACCGUCAAUAUUCUAAGUUAGCUUCAUUGUCCAGAUAAUUAAAAAGACGCUUAGUAUUCCAACCACGCACACAGGUAGCAAGACACUGCAGAGGAAAUAGAUGUUUUGACAUCACUGAAUUUUGUGUUAUAGAAGUUAGAUUUUCCUACACACUGCAAAGUUAAAAUAAAACAUUCAACAAACUGUGGACAUAGUUUCCUGCAACACUCAUUGAUUAAUGAUUUCAAGAGAUAAACAAGUACACAUAUUUACCAGAAGUUUAAAAUAUAAAACGACAACAAAUUUUAGUAAAAUUAUACUAGAUACAUGCAUGUAAAGGGAAGUAACUCUUAGUUCUUGGUGUGUUUUAACUUAUGAAUAGUGAAAAAGAUACAUUUAUCAAAAAUGGAACAAAAUUAAUGUGCGUCUGUAACAAAUUGCACAUCUCACCGUCCCUCAAGCUAACUAGUCUGGUGUUGAUGAAUUAUUUGUUGUUUUCUUCUGUUUAAUUGUUGUAUAUUGUCUCUUUCGAGUGAUCAAUAUAUUGGUGAAAUAAUGUUGAAAUGACAAAUGUAAAUAAAGGCUACCAUCAAAAGUUUUGCUCUAGCUGAGGAAUCAUCAAACACAGUUUAGGCACAUUUUUGACAAGUUCAUCACCAGACAGUUCUAAGUUACAUUAUUGACCAGUUCAUCACCAGACAGUUCUAAGUUACGUUAUUGACCAGUUCAUCACCAGACACAGUUUAGGCACAUUAUUGACAAGUUAAGUGUUUAAGUUACAUUAUUGACCAGCUCAUCACCAGACAGUUCUAAGUUACAUUAUUGACCAGUUCAUCACCAGACAGUUCUAAGUUACAUUAUUGACCAGUUCAUCACCAGUCAGUUCUAAGUUACAUUAUUGACCAGUUCAUCACCAGACAGUUCUAAGUUACGUUAUUGACCAGUUCAUCACCAGACAGUGCUAAGUUACAUUAUUGACCAGUUCAUCACCAGACAGUGCUAAGUUAAAUUAUUGACCAGUUCAUCACCAGACAGUGCUAAGUUACGUUAUUGACCAGUUCAUCACCAGACACUGUUUAGGCACAUUAUUGACCAGUAUAUCAUCAGAUAUCAUCACAAGAUUGCCCUGUUAGUCCGUAGAUUCACUCAUGAUAAACACAUUGUAUGUCUUUUGCUAUUGUGAUGUCGGAAAUAGGUGAUGAUAUGAUGUCAAAAAAAACUCAGAUUUUAUAACAUUGUCAAAAUAUACACCAUACAUGAUUUCAUUUCCAACACAGAAUAAACUGUUUCCUGCAAUAUUUGCCAAAAUAACUGAUCUUGUGAUAAAAGAAAGGAUGUCUUAAAUUUGUUUCCAUUUCAGAUGUGAUUUAUGAAAUUUGUCACAUGAUCGUGUUUUGUAUAUUGUCUGCUGUGCAUAAACUUUUCAAAUUCAAAAGUUCUUCAUGUGAGAUAAAAAACCUGACUAAAUGUUAUUUUUCAAAUCCCUUGAAAAUUGAUAAGGCCACCAUUUAGAAAGAAAAAAUUUCUUCUCUAAUUCAAGUGGUGCAAUUGAGCUGAAAAUUGAGGAGAUAUUUAGGACAAGUAAGCCAACAAAGUGUCUGUGGUUUUCAGCCUCAUCAAAACUUAAGACAUGACAGCUAUUUUGUAACAUGAUUGUACAGCCAUAGUUUUCCUUUAUAACACCUAUUUUAUGCUUCUUAAAUUGUUUGGUCACCUGAGACAGUCUCAAGGUGACCUAUUCUAAUACCCUUCAUCCAACAUUGUGCGUCAUGCGUCCGUAAACAUUUUAACACAUUCGACUUCUUCUCAACAAACCCCAGAUCCAAUUUCAAUGAAAUUUUGCAGAAACCUUUCCUGGCCUAAGAUGAACCAAAAUUGUGAAUUAUACAGUCCCCGCCCCCAGGGGCCUGAGGGUGAAGGGUCUCACAUUUCCCCGUGGGCAGGGGGUAAAGUUUACUAUAGUUUAUAUAGGAAAACUAGAUUUUUGAGCAUGAUUUGUUUAAUUUCCAUUGGAAAUAUUUCAAACUUGGUUAGAAAUAUUAAUGAAGGGUGACAGCCUGAUAGUAUGCCCAUUUUGAUCCUGACUGACCACAAGGGUCUGAUGGGCCGGGCCAAAAGUGUCAAAUUGACUUAAAUUUCAAAAAUCUUCUUCUCAACGCUCAGAUGGUAUAAUCAAAUGCUCUUCAGGAAUGGAAGCAUCUUAAGGUGUUUUAUUUACCAAAGUGAGUCUCUCAUUUCUUCCUGUGGAGGAUUUUUUUUUUUUUAGACUUCAUAAUAAUUUUCAUAGAAAAAUAGAUUUUUGAGCAUAACGUUUCUCCACUUGAAAUAACUUAAUAAGAAUUAUCAGUAUGGGAUGACAGUUUUGAUGGUAUGCAUGUAUUGACACUGGCUUACUCUAUUCAGUGUCACAUUUACUGUUUCAUGACACCUGAUAACUAUCCUUUAACCUUUAUUUUCAAUAUUGCUUAUCUCAGGUGUCAAGGCCGCUAGGCCUCUUGUUCUGUUUUGGUCGGGUCCAAAAUCCAAUAUGACCACCAUGGCUGCCAUCUUGAAAAAUAAACUUUCCCAUUGGUGCCACUAAGCUGAAAUAACAUGAAGGAGGGAAUGUUGAAAAAACUGAAACGAAGAAAGUAUUGCUGCUUUUGUUCUGUUUACUGCUUAAAGUUAGAAUUAUUUGAACCACUUAAUAUUACAGUGUACAUCAUCAUCAGAGGCUUCUUAUCAAACAGAAAAAAUCUUGGGACUCAUUUCCUAAAUUUCAAAUGAAAUGAAAACUCAUGUAAGAUCAUAUAUAUUUUAUAGAGAUAGUGUAGAUAUAUUUACUAGAAUAAACAAUUAUGACAAUAACUAAUAUAUUACAUGUAUGUGACAAAAUAAACAAGAUAAUAUAUUACAUAGAUAUGACACGAUGUGCAUGUUGACCAAAGAUCCUAAUUAUAGCUUUUGUGUUAUGUGGCAUAAAUACUGUAGUGUCAUCAAUUUUUGUGGGGGUCAUUUUCAUUGUUUUCGAGGACACCCUUAAAUAUGUUGUUUAAUAUGGAUGUAAAUUGAUUUGAAUUCUUAAUAUCAGUCUAUUUUAUCUAUAGUACUGGAUAUUUAUCCACAAAGUCAAGUGUCCAGUUUUAAACAAAACCAUGAAGUUUGAGCCCCACAAAAAGAUAUGCUUUGACAGAAUAUUUGGUUUAUUAUUUUGAUAAUGUACUUAAUGAAGAAGAUCAAAUAUUGCUAUUAUAUUGUACUUAAUGGCUAGGAUCAUCUACAACUGCUUUCAUUAACCUGUUGUCAUAGAUACAAUGUUUUAUGUGAUGAAAAUAUAAAAAAUCUAAUAAAUAUUGUAUUCUG